CCUUUCAUCCUUCUACCAACCAACUUAUCGUGGCUUCUUGUAAUGCCUGGCAUCUCCCGUACGGUCCAGGGCCGUGAGUGUCUUCUUCGUCAACAAAGUCAUCAACUUUUCGUGUCGUGCGACACAAAACGCGCCGCGUCGAGGCAGGAGACGAUACAAAGAUGGUGACAGGCGAGGUACUUCGCGAGCUGAGGCAGGCACAGGCCAAAGUACCUCUUCCAUGCCUUCCCCUCCCUGCUCCUCUCUUCCUCUCUCUCUCUCUCUCUCUCUCCUCAACUUCAUUAAAUCAGUCGACCAACCAGCCAAUCCUCCACUCCCAGCCACGCAUUUCCCGCCUUUUCCCCUUUUCCCAAGCAAGAAAUCAUACCCAUCGAUUCUUUCGACCUCUUGUUAUCACAAAACUGGGACGGCCGUUGGCAUUCAAAACAGGACGACACGACACACUCAACGCGUCAAAACCCAGCGCUUGAGCUAUUCCGCACAUUUUCAAUCACCGAGAGCUCGAGCUUCUCCCACACCUGGAAAGAAAUAACUGAGGGAGUUGCAUACUUCUGCCGCGGAUCAUCACAAAAAGAGGUCCAAGCUACGCGACCUGACCAUUGCCUUGCCUUGCCUUGUACCUCACCUUUCUUACCUCAUCUUCCACCUUGGCCCUUACCUCUCUGGAACAGGCACGGUACCUACGGAUACCUUGCUGCACACCUUACGUUACCGCGUAAAGAUACCCACACCCCCAUCAGGUUUCCCCUCCUCGACGACGCGCUAAGGUCCCAUUCGAUUACCUAAACAUUCGCUGAGCUGCCGCAUCGGUCCUCCGCCUCAUCCAUUCUGCUCGUCCGGGCCCUCUUUAUAAGUCGUGGCCGGGUGCCUGUAGUAAUCAAUUCUCCCGUCCACUUCAUGCUGAGUCAGAACCGGAGCUUGAAGAUGCAGAGCGCUUCGCCCUCGCCUUCUGCGAAUACCACCACUAACACAGACGCCCACUUGCACGCGCAGCUUGAGCUACUAAGCAAGCACACCACGCCUAACUCGUCAGACAACGCGACGGUCCCAUCCCGCGGAGCUCGUUCUCAAUCUUCCAACCCAUCGAGCGCGUCGCCUGCUCAUGGCUAUAGUAACGGCUCGACCUCGCCACCCGUCUUGCCGCCGAUAGCCAACAACCACGCCGACUCCGAAGCGCAUAUCCAUCCUGAUCUCCGAGCUCGAGCUGCCCACGCGCCAGCCGUCAACAUGAUGCCCGCUGGCGUAUCUUCUCAACCGCAACAGCAGCAGCAGCAACCGCCGCCGCCGCCGCAGCCUCAACAGCCGCAGCAACAGCAACAGAUUGCACCGCCUCCGACGACUGCCGGACCAUCUACAGCGCCUCCGAUCCACUCCCCCCCGUCAGGCAUGGCGCUGGACGAGACCGCCGAGGGCCGCAAAGCCAAGCGCGAGCUGUCGCAAUCUAAGCGCGCCGCACAAAACCGAGCUGCCCAGAGGGCUUUCCGCCAGCGCAAGGAGGGGUACAUCAAGAAGCUCGAGCAGCAAGUCCGAGACUAUAUGGAGAUGGAGCAGCAGUACAAGGCGACGCAGUCGGAGAAUUACGCCUUGCGCGAGUACGUGAUUCACCUUCAGUCACGCUUGCUUGAUGUCCAGGGCGAAGUUCCUCAACCUCCCCCCAACGUCAACCUUCAGCACCCGCCCAUGCCGCCUCCUGCCGCGGUUCCUACAAGUGGUCCAGAGGUCGCGCCCAGCAAUGGGGGCGCCGGUCCUCUGGAAGCUGUUGCGCAAGCAGUGGCGGGGCUGCAGGCUCAAGAGCAGCUAGCAGAGAGACAACAGUUCACAAGCAAAGGCUUCCAGGCCGAGCAGGUUAAGGACGAAGCGCGGCGGGAGAGCGAGGAGAUUGAUCCCCAGCUGCCUGACGGCCUCCCAGCCCCAACUGCCUCCAUGUGAAUGCGCUUGAGGAACAAAGGCGCGUCGCAUUACAAUCUCAUUGGUUUUCACGUCGCUGGCGUUGCGGUACAAUGGUUUGUCAAGAUAUUACUAGUGGACUGGCGUUACCGGCAUGGUUUCUUCUACCCACAUUUUGCAGGUGUUUCGUUACGAUGCCCUCGGGCUGUGGUUCUUCAUCAAAAGGGAGAGGACGGGGAGCGGUAGUUGUUGUGGUUGUCGCGAUGUUGGCACGAGAGCGAGCGUGUCAAGUGAGGGAUUUGGAGGAGGGCUUGAUGAAAACCGCUCGGCAGCAACCCUGAUCAUUGUUUGUAUGUGACGGUUCCUACGCCGGUGGCCCCAUAUGGCAUGGGAAGAGGUCUUGCGUUGGCCGGCUUUCACCAGCACGACCUGGUUGGCCUCGGCUAGACCCGGUUCCCCGUCGCAGAUAGUCUUCGCUGAAUCACUUUGCCUUCUCACUCACUACCUGAUAGAUGCUGCCCACGUGGUGACGCGACUUGAUCCAGAAUCAGGAGGGUGCAGGUUUGGAGUGGAACGGCACGCAGAUCGUACAAAGAAAGGCAAUGAAGCCUGCUUUUUUUUUCUUUUCUCGUCGAUUU